AACAACCCUCCUUCCUGUUUCCACCAUCCUUCUUCUCCUACAAUGGCUGCUUCUGCAACAUUCUCAGUUUUCUUAUUAGCUCUUGCUUGCCUCUCAUUCACUUCAUUACCUUGUCUCAAUGCUCAAUCACCAGCUUCUUCACCUUCCUCACCCACAUUGCCCACUCCACAACCUCCAGCUGCAGCUGCAACUCCUCCUCCUACUACCACCACACAGCCGCCGGCAACUCCUCCUCCGGUGACAUCACCAGCUCCGAAGGCAGCUGCUCCGGCUUUACCCCCAGCAACCCCACCGCCUCAGACUCCACCCCCAGCAACCCCACCACCAGCUACUCCACCACCUGUCUCACCUCCCACAGUGCCUCCACCAGCUCCAACUUCACCUCCACCACCAACGGUGGCUCCUACACCAGCCCAAACACCUCCUCCGGCGCCGGUUCCGGUUAAGGCACCGGCUCCAGCACCGGUGAAGCCAGCACCUGUUCCUGCACCUUCACUGCCACCACCAAUUCCAGCUCCAACGCCAGUGAUAGAGACACCAGCACCUGCUCCUUCUAAACACAAGAGAAGAAGACAUAGACACAAGCACAGACAUCAAGCGCCGGCGCCGGCUCCAGCAGUCGCCCAAAGCCCGCCGGCCCCACCAUCCAAGGCAACAGCAGAGGAUACUCUAGUUACACCAGCUCCAUCCCCUAGUCUAAAUCUGAAUGGGGCAUCAUCGUACCUGCAUCAGGGAAGAAAGUUUGCGGUGUCUGGAGCUGCUAUUGCCAUUUUGAUAGGCAUUCUGAUAUAGUGAGAAUGGAUUCACUUACAGAAAUUAAGUUGUUUGGUUUGCGAAGUGAUCAAUCAUUUUCUCAUGUAUAGAGAUGAAUAAUGAGCUAUUAUUACACCUAUUUGGCAUUCUUUCUUUCUCUCUUUAUCGUAUCCAUUUGUAACUUGGGUUCCACAUUUUAAUGAAUACGAAUUUUUGAAUCA